UCGCUCUCAGUACUAGUAACGGCUCCGAUAUCUUAUCGGCGAUGCUCACCUUCAGGUAAGUUACCUUAACUUAUCUAUCCGGCGCAAUUAUGCCAUCGCCUGUGAAGUCUUUGAGUUUUGACGUCUUCGAGUGUGUCCCAGUUCAGCCACUUGUACAUAUGUCUAACUUUGGGAGCAAGCUGUCUUGGCAUGGGUGGACUUCUUCAGACUACAUAUUGUACCCCGCCAUCAUGUUUGGGGCGGGUUGCUACGCGAAGUCGAUGCAGUCAUGUCGACAGAUGGCAAGGAUCGCAUCGCAUCUCAACUAUCCCGGUUGUUCCGCCAGCGGGAGUCUAUCAGUUUCCAACUGCGUCGGGAAAUAUAGGCAGCAACACUGUAGAGUGAUCCUAUCAUCCUUACCCGAGCAACUUGUGUCUACUCGGGAGCCUCCCGGGCCAAUGUCAAGACAAUGAAAGACAAACUAUCUCCAAUGCGCUGAAAUUCUGUUUCCCUAAAAGGGGUGGGUUGCACAUAGGCGUCUAGUCUCAUCACAGCAAGUGCUCGAAGCCUGCGAAAAUCAUCCCGAUCUUAUCGGCUUAUCAGUGGAUUCAGAUAUUGCAACCCCUCACUCGCCAUUCGGCAACAUGAUCAUCAGGAACAGUUGCACAUCCCGUCAAUCUCGGAAGGGAUAAGUUAUGGUCUUC